AUGAGUUUCCAGCGGCGGCGCUACCCUUAUUACCACCGUCUCCGCCGCCUCCUCCCUCUCGUUUUCGCCGUCUCCUUAUCUCUCCUCGUCCUCUUCGCUUUCCUCUCCUUCCUCGCCCCGCAUCCUGGAGAUUCCGAUCGCCUCCCGCCACGCGUUCGCCACGCAUCUAUCAACAUUGUAGGAGGUAGUGAUUCGAUCAAAUCAGCAGCUUUCCGAGUUCCGAGAGAAGGAGGCAGAUCAGAUCGUGAUGUUUGGCGUUCACGAAACGCUGAGUUCUUUUACGGAUGCAGCAAUGCUAGCAGCAAGUUCCCAAAUGCAAAAGCAGUGACGAAAAAUGAUCGAUAUUUGGCAAUUGCCACCAGUGGUGGUUUGAAUCAACAACGAACUGGAAUUGUAGAUGCAGUUGUUGCGGCAAGAAUUCUAAAUGCUACUCUUGUUGUUCCUAAGUUAGACCAGAAGUCUUACUGGAAAGAUGCCAGUGACUUCGCGCAUAUUUUCGAUGUUGAUUGGUUCAUGUCAUUCCUGUCUGAAGACGUUAGAAUUAUAAAGCAACUUCCACCGAAAGGAGGGAGAACAUGGAGUCCAAGUAGAAUGCGUGUCCCACGAAAAUGUAACGAGAGAUGCUAUAUUAAUCGGGUUCUACCUGUUCUUAACAAAAGGCAUGCAGUUCAAUUGAACAAGUUUGAUUAUAGACUUUCAAACAAGUUGAGCGAUGACUUGCAAAAGCUAAGAUGUCGAGUAAAUUACCAUGCUCUAAGGUUCACUGAUCCGAUACUUAAAAUGGGUAAUGAAUUGGUCCGGCGCAUGCGACUGAGGAGCAAACACUUCAUUGCUUUACAUUUAAGGUUUGAGCCUGAUAUGCUUGCAUUCUCGGGAUGCUAUUACGGUGGUGGUGAUAAGGAAAGGAGAGACCUUGCAGCAAUAAGAAGAAGAUGGAAAACAUUACAUAUUAACAACCCGGAGAAACAGAGGCGACAAGGAAGAUGUCCGCUCACUCCAGAAGAAGUCGGACUGAUGCUUAGAGCUUUAGGAUAUGGCAGUGAUGUUCAUAUAUAUGUCGCGUCUGGUGAAGUAUAUGGAGGAGAAGAGUCUUUGGCUCCUCUGAAAGCACUCUUUCCACACUUCUAUUCAAAAGACACUAUAGCUACAAAGGAAGAGCUGGAACCUUUUGCUUCAUACUCUUCGAGAAUGGCUGCGUUAGACUUCCUUGUGUGUGAUGAAAGUGAUGUUUUUGUAACCAACAACAAUGGCAAUAUGGCUAAAAUAUUGGCUGGGAGGAGGAGGUACUUCGGACAUAAACCCACGGUUAGGCCGAAUGCAAAAAAGCUUUACAGGUUGUUCCUGAACAAAGAGAACACAACUUGGGAGGAGUUCACCUCUAGAGUCCGUUCGUUUCAGAGAGGGUUUAUGGGAGAGCCAAAGGAAGUAAGAGCUGGAAGAGGUGAGUUUCACGAGAAUCCAUCUACAUGCAUAUGCGAAGAUACAGAGGCCAAGGCAAAAGCGCAAAUAGAAUCUAGAAAGCUUGGAAAGAAAAACAAGUCUACAAAUAAAGAGGCAGGAACAGUAACCGUACCUAAUGAUGGUCAAACAGAAGAGGAUGAGCCAGAUUGGUCGGAGCCAGACUAUGAGGAAGAACAAAGUGAUCUUCAAGACAGGGGAUUGUACAAUGGGACAAGUUUAGACUAUGAUGAUCCAUCUACCUCUGAUGAGCCUGAGCUUGAAGAAAUGCUAUCAGACUAG